AUGACGACGACGACGCUUUCGCCGACGACGACGAUUAAAUCGUCGCGCUGCUCUGAAAGAGGAAGAACAACGCGAGGACAAAAGUCGCUCUUUUCGUCGAAAGCAUCGUCAAAGCCUUGUUGGUCUUCAUCGUCAUCGUCCAAACAGUGUUCUCUUUGUAACAGAAACGUACUGAGGGGCGUUUUUCAUCACCAUUUUCCUCGGGGGAGAAAGACGAGGCGCGAGACCAACGCGUACGCGUUUCUGAACCGUCUUCGUCCUCCAAAUCCUCGACGAAGAGAAGAACACCAACAACAGGGAGGAAAAGUGGCAAAAGGAGAGGUUUCGUGUACGGAACGAGGGAACGCGACGGUACAAAACGCGGCGAAGACAUUCGCAAAAAGCGAAAACGAAAAACUCGCGUUAUUGUUUGUAUUCGUUAUUCAAGCGGUAUAUAUCGUCGUCAAAACGACCAAACGCAUGAAGAAAGCGAUCCCGGUGUUUAUGAAGGACCGGUGGCGUAAACUGCGAGAGGUGUUCGAGUACGCGAAGGAGAAUUUUUACGCGUUUGAUACACCGAAAAUCACGAGAACUGCGAAAAACGAUCCUCAGUUUCGGAGUUUGUUGAAAGAUUACGCAAAGUUGAUUCACGAUUUAUACGACGUACCUAUUGUGCCGGAGUGUAUAGAGACGAGGGUAUACGCGCAAGCGUUGGAGCAAGGAUUGGAAGGCGCGUUUGAGACUUUGGACGAUAUCGUCUUGAGCGGAGACGCGAGGGUGUUGGGACAUCCGUUGGUCGUGCAGAGAAGAUUCGUUGGGGAAGAUUCGGAGAGGCUAAAGACGUACGGGGCGUUAGAAGGGAGCAAAGAGGACGAGUUGGAGAAGUUUGUCGCGGAAGUGGUGGAGAAUACUAACAACAACAACGGCGAAAAUAGCAGCGCGACGUCGAAACUGUUGCAAAAGAUGGAGAAGAAAAUGUCAAAGAAAAUUUUAUCCAUCGCGGCGAGAACCGGUACGCUGUUCCUCGAAUCCGGCGUACAAAGCUUCUCCGCGCGAAUUUUUGACGCGGAAUUUUAUUUCGAUGUCCGCGAACAGGUGAAAGAGGAAGGAGACGACACCUCGCUCCGCGAACGCCGCGAGGCGCUGAGAAGAAGCCGAGCGAUUCAAAUCGCCAAAACCGCCUCGGACGAACGUUUAGGUAAAGUCAUCGAAGAACUCCAAAUUCCACCGAUUGGUAUACUUUUCCCGGAGCUAGAAAGAGAUGUGGGUAGGUUAGUCAUUGCGAUGGCGUGCGAAGCCAUCGACUCCGAAGUCUCUCUCCCAAACGUCGAUUACGCGGUGAAGUUCAAUCUUCGCGUGAAGGAUCAGAAAGAAUACGACGAAGACGAAAGGAAGAGGAACAAACAAAAAACGAUAUCAUCGUCGUCGUCGGACGAUGCAGACGAGCUUGCGCAAGCCUUGGCGGACGAUUUCAUGACGCGACGUAAAGCCGUGGCGCCAAUGUUUAUCACCCCGGAACUGGAAAGGAAAACCUACGUGGACAUUAUUAAAGGCAUUUUAGGAGAAAUCGGCUUGAAUGCGCCGAGCGUGAUUGCGGAAUUUUUAGGCAUGGACGUUACGAUACAAGUCAUACGAAAGAAGAACGACGAUAAGAAAUUGAAAUUAAGGAAAGAAGAAUAUACAAACGACGUCGUAGGAAUAACUUCGAUGAAUUCUGAUAGCACUAACGAUGCUUUCACUUUUCUUCGUGAACGGUUUAACAUGACUCCUAUCGUCGCGAAGGGCAAGGAGAAUGGAGAGACAAGGACCACAUCGUUAUCGUCGUCAUCAUCAUCAUCAACAUCAACAACAACAACGAGUAAUAGAAACGCUAUAAACCGAGCAAGUGUGGAAGCCUUUAUCGAUUGGCUCCUCGCAGAUGCCGCGUAUAACGUUCAAGCCAUUCCAGACGACGUCGAGCGCGCUUUAUACGCCAACUGUUUCGAGCUCUUCUUGGACGCGUUCUUGGAGACAACACAGAAAGUUGAGUUUAGUAUUUUAAGCCGCACGGUAAAGAUUCGAACGCGUGUGGCGAAAGAUGCGCCGCGCGAUUACACAAAAAUACGUCGAUUUCGUCCCGAUUGGCAAGCUUUAGAUUCCAUAACUGAGGAAAUUAAAAUCGAACCGGAAGCGUUGAAGAAAAUCACCAGUAACGUCCACGCGUUUGCGUUGGCAUUUCUUUCGCAAAUUCUCGAAGACGCGUCGGCGGUAAUUUGUGGUCACGAAAUUCGACUUGCUUUGACAACUCCGACGGUUUUACGUAAAUCGUACGACUUCGACGACGUUGAUGUGUCGUUUGAUGGUACGGCGCGAAUGAGCGUGGACUAUAACCCGUUAAAAAGUGGUGGUAGCAUCCGCUCUUUUGCGAGCUCGAAGGCUUUACGAGAACCGUCGCGGAAGAGCGCGCAAAAUACAUUCUCCGCCAUGGACGCGCUGAACGCGUUAGCGACUGAACUCGCGAUGGAAGCUUCCUCGGCUCUUGUCAGUGAGAAUAAGGGUUUUGAAACGAGCGAUAAUCAAUCAAACGGGGGUGACUUUUCCAUAGACUCCAUCUUCGCGGAUUUACAAAGAGACUUGCAGAAACAAAUCGCGCAAUUCGGAUUUAAGAAUUCCUUCGCGAACGCCUCGCAACUGGACAGCGACGCAAUUUCACACGAUGCGGUCGCAUUCAGCGUCUUCAAAAAGCAUUGCUCACCACCGGACGAGACGUUUCCGUUUCCGUACUUGACAAAAGCGCAAUUUGAAGUCGCGUCUUUGGAAGUUAUAAAAAUGGCUGGAUUCCGAAACGCGAGCAAAUCAAUCACGGAAAAGAUGGAAGCUUUGGCGAACGCGGCGGAUGAAGAUAAGAAUGGCGUCAUCCAGUGGGGCGAGUGGUAUUGCGUCAGCGAUGCGAUAAUAUCGGCGGUAGAGAAAGCAAAAGUGCAGAGUAGUAGAAAAUAG